AUGAGCUUGGCAAGUGAGACACAGAGACUUAGCGACAACCCCAUGCCGGGGCACACCUCCAUCUCCGAGCCCACUCCGCACGGAGGGGCUACCGUCCCAGAUCUGAACCCUCCUGCUGCCCCUCCACCCCCACCUCCACCUCCUCCACCCCCACCUUUGGGUACCCAGGCCCAUGGCCUGCGCAAGAAGCGGAGGGUGCGUAGCUUCUACUGGAAGACCAUCCCAGAAGAGAAGGUGCGGGGGAAGCCUAACAUCUGGACGAUGGCUGUGCGGCAGCAACAAUACCAGAUUGAUGUGCGCACAGUGGAGGAGCUCUUUGGUCAGCAGGAAGAGAGCGCUGGGAGAGGCCCUCUGUCCAUAGGAGAGCCUCGCCGUGGCCGCUCCAGGGCCUCCUUCAAGGAGAGCAAAGACGAGGUCAGCAUUCUGGACUCCAAGAGAGGCAUGAAUGUCGGGAUCUUCCUCAAGCAGUUUAAGAAACCCAACCAUGCCAUUGUGGAGGACAUUCGCCUCGGCAACAGCCAGCCCUACGGUGUGGAGCCACUGAAGGAGCUGUUGAAGUUGCUGCCAGAGUCAGAGGAGUUGAAGAAGCUCCAGUCCUUCAAUGGAGACCCAGAGAAACUGGCAUUGGUGGACUCCUUUAUGUACCUCUUAAUUGGGGUGCCACGUUUUGAAGUGCGGAUUGAGGCCAUGGUGCUAAAAGAAGAGUUCUUCCCCUCGUGUGCCGUCAUGAGCCGAGAGAUUAACGUCAUCCGCAUGGCAACAGAAGAGCUAAUGACCUGUGAGGAAUUGCAUGCAAUACUUCAUUUGGUGCUCCAAGCUGGAAAUAUCAUGAACGCUGGUGGGUAUGCUGGCAAUGCUGUUGGUUUCAAGCUGUCUUCCUUGCUGUCUCUGGCGGAUACAAAGGCCAACAAACCAGGCAUGAAUUUGCUGCACUUUGUUGCUCUGGAAGCACAGAAGAAAGAUGAAGGUCUGUUGAAUUUCCCAGAGAAACUUCAACAUGUCCAGAGUGCUGUCAGGAUUUCUGUGGAGAACAUUGAGACAGAGUUUUCAUCACUCUAUGUGAAGACCCGCUCCUUGGAAGAAAAGAUCCAGGCUGACUCAGACCUUCUGCGGCAACUGGAGCCCUUUUUGCAGAAUUCAUCAAGAACUCUGCAAGACCUCAAAAGACGCAGGCUGGACCUUCGUAAGGAGGGCAACGCUCUCAUAGACUUUUUCUGUGAAGACAAAGACAGCUUUAAGCUUGAUGAAUGUUUCAGGAUCUUCCAGGACUUCUGUCUUAAGUUCAAGAAGGCAGUCAAGGAUAAUGCAGAUCGUGAGCUGAAGGAGGAGGCCCGUCUGCGGCGGCUGAGGGAGCUGGAGGAGCGCCGCUUUGCCUGGAUGGCCGGCGCAGCAGGAGCCCAGUCUGCCAACGGUGGCUUUGGCCGCAGCAGCAGCGAGACAGACGUAGACACCCUCACCAAGGAAGGCCUGUUGGACUUCCUGCUGCAGUCGCGGCCUCACAGCCCACACAAUCCACACAGUCCACUGGGCCGCUCGGCAAGUGCCCGCCGCUAUCGCCAUCUUACCGCAGCGGACCGGAGCCUCCGCGGUUACCUUGAACUGCUCUCUGGCACGAGUCCCGGCGUCACGGACUAUGCCAAGUUCAACAGUCUGCCGCGCUCGAGCAGAACUCAUCAGAGGAGGACAAUGGCCUGGCUAGCAAAUCAGGAUGACAAUCGUGAGCUUGAGCCACACAGCCUCCUGCUCCAAGAGAGGCAGGCAUCCUCUCCAGAGACAGAGCCAAUCAGCCCACUGCCCAGGUACUCAACACGGUACAGUGCAAAAGACGACCCCUAUGACAACAAUCACAACCAGUACUCAAGUGUGUCUGAAGGGGGCGUAUCCCCUCAUAACAUGAAUGUUUUUCAGAAGAAAAGACAAGGUGUGGGCCACAUGAACAUCAGUGUUGAAAGGCACACAUUGGUGACUGGCCUCCAACCAUUUGAUAUGUCAAGUCCAAGCAACAACAACAAUGAGCGGGUAAACAGCUAUAAAGACGUGCUGGUCACUGAACUAGAGGAGAAGGUGAGGAACACACCAAAGAGCCUUGUCCUGGACACCCCUCCAUCCAGCAAGAGCUCAGAGGAGGCAUCCAAACCUGGUGCAGGGUGGGAGAGCAAAACUGCCUUCUUGCAGCAUGAAGAAGAAGAAGACGACAGCACGGUCUCCUCCACAACAUGUGACACACCCCUUCCCCUGGACCCCUCAUUGUGUGGCAACAAACCUAUGUUCCAUGUGUUGGACUGCACCGAGACGGACUGCUCCGUCAUGCUGGACUUCUCAGAGCUGGAGAGCUCCCCAGUGUUUCGUGAAGGCAUGGGGUUUGACCCCAGACUUCCUGGAAACUUCAGGUUUCCCCGAGAUCCAAGCUCCCUGUCCUCAAACAUAGAAUCCACAUCAACCAAUGAUCAGUCCAUGUCCACAGAGGAUCCACCUGGACCUGUGUUGUGUAGCCUAGCCUUGGAGACCCAGUCUGGCUCAUGUGAUGAGCCAGAGUCCGACAGUGUAAACCAAGGCGAUGACAAGAAAGUAGACGAGAAAGCCGUGCAAACAUGCAGCCCCAAACCUGCAUCCAGAAACAAGGCGUCAUCCAAAGCCCAAAACCUUGGACGUGGUCGUUCCCCUAGGACCCUAACUUCCUCUGAGACCCAAACCAUGCGAAAGGUGGUACCUAUUACGAAGGUUAACCGCUCUUUUAGUGGUACGAGGAAGGUUGAGAGACAGCCUUCAGGACAUGAGAGCUUUGAGACAAGGCGCCCACUCCGUGACCAAAGCACUCCAUCUAGAAGGGGUGUUGAGAAGACGCCUCGACCUGCUCGCCCUUCUAGUCUCCCACCAGCGGACUCCAGUGGAGGAAGAGGAAGUAUGCCCUGUUGCAGCAUGACUCGUUGGGCUCGGGAUCUUACUCCACGUGGGUCCUCUCGCAAACCCAAUGCCAAACCCUUGCGGAACGUCCCUAAGCCUGCGCCAGAGGAGAAAAUGUGUCGCUCCGCAAUGAGGGCACUAGCACAGGCUCAGGCGGCAGCAGACGAAAGUAUUUCACAGGCAUCCAGCAGUGGCUCGAAACUCCUCUCCACAUUGCCUAGCUUUGCUCGCAACACUAUUGCAUUCUCCUCCAGGACAAAGAAAGAGGCAUCCGUACCAUCAAGCCCAGCAACUCCAGUCAGAAGUGCUACUUUGGGUCGUAGCGGCUCUCAAAAGGCAAUGGGCAGUGCUAAGGGUGACGCAUUUGGAGGGUCCCAAACUUCACAGGCUGAGGAGAAGUCAUCGAGCUCCCUGAGGCGAGUACAGAGUGUGAGGGCCUCAAGCCGUAGCACUCAGCGCAGUGACACCCCACCACCACCACCCAGCCGCGAACGCUCACGAAAGAGCAGCAACUUCUCUGAGAAAUCUGUGCUGUCUUCCAUGUCCAGCAAGACUCCAUGGAAGUGAAGUGGUUGAACUCCCAGGAUAUCCCAUCAAUCAAUGUUUCUGAAAAAAACCCUGUGAUUUUAUGACUUAUGUAUCUCUCAAGCCUUACCAAUGAAUGUUUCUUUUAAUCCCUUUGAGUUGCUGCAGUACGUGCAACUCUGUAAUGGAGUUGCUGCAUACAUCAGGGCAUCUCUGCAGGCCUUUACUUAUACUGCCUUGAUGAUUUUUCUCAAGCGGUUCAUCUCAUAUUUCAUCCUCUCUUAGCUGGGUCAUGUGUGUAUAGUUGUUGGUCACUUGCUAUUAUUAUGACACAUACUAUAUGCUGUGUCAUACAUGCACCAAGGGUCCUUAGAAGCUAUACAUUCAUUGUGAAAUAACUGACAUCAUUGCCUUGUGAACAUUGCAUGGCAUAUACAAUUGUGCAACAGCUUUAAGCCUGUCUGUGUCAGUACUGAAAGACGGUGCUGACUAUUGCCAGUACUUUUCACGCUGCUAAUUCAUCUGCCAUUUAGAUGGCACUAUACUGUACCUUUCAGGAACUGCCUUGUCACCUAUGUUUUGCUGUUUUGAGUUUGUUGUCUUCCUGUUUGUGCAAGCCUAUUUAAAUUGCUUUGAAGGUUUUGCAGGUGUUGGAGGUCCAGCAUGUUUUGUAAUCUACAGUCUAUGAAACACUCUGGGGUGAAAAUAUCAACAAUGCGUACUGAGUAGUUAAUGAAAACAGUGAAAGACGCAAAGAUUAGUUUUAGCUAUAAAAAGGAAAAUAUGUAGGACUCUCUGACUUUAGACAGCUAUAAUACUAUAGGUAUGGUGUAAAUACAUUUUUCAGUAUUUUUGAUUUCUCCUUUGUUUUGUGCCUUCUUGCUGCCUUGUUUUAAGUUGUUGAUGUUUAACGAAUGUAAAUACACAAAACAAAGACACAUAGAUAUAUAGAAUGUACAGGUAGACUGUUAAAUACUGCUGUUUCAUGGACUCGCAUUUUCAUGUCUGUUGACAAAACUGCACUUUACACCUUUAAAAUGACUGGAUUAUAUUGGAACUCUGUAGUACCUCUUCCUGUGUGGCGUCUUGUAUUUAUGUUUGCAAUGUCCUAUGUAGGUGUACUAUUUAGAGUGUAUCCAUUGUUCCAGUGGAUAAGAUGCACAAUGGAAGUGUUUCUUCUAUAUACGAGUCCUUAAUGUCUGAAAAAGCAAGCAAAUGUAGCUGUCCCAUGGACUGAUGCACUGUAGCUCACAAACCCAAUCCAAAGUUAACAUGUUGGCAUGACAGUCCAUGAUGGUGUGUCUUCAUCAGCCUCAGCCUGACCCUUAUGAUUGUAGUUAUUAGAGUAUGCAGCUGUCUCCUCAGACACUAACAAAGUGUGAUGCUGUCAAAAGUGAUAAUCAUCGAUGCUGGCAUAAUGCUGUAGUUUUCACAGACCUUGAAUAUGCUUGCUCUGCCUGUCCUGCCUAGUGGAAGGCCUUGUGCCAUAAUGGAC